AUGGAGAGAUCAAUAUUAUCAUCUGAUGUACAAGACAAAGGUGUCCUUGUCGAUGCCGUUGAUCUAACCAGCAAACUCCCGAACGAUCUAUUGAUUCAGAUUUUAUCAAACUUGUCCAUCGAAGAAGCCAUGAGGACAAGUGUUAUGUCACAUCGAUGGGUGGAUUUGUGGAAGGAGACGACAAUGUCUCAUCUCCAUUUCGACUUGCGAAGGUUCGCCAAAGUCAGAAAUCCUUUGUCCAAUACUCAUCAUGCCGCUAGAUCGAUGACCAAGGUUAUAAACAAUCACCAUGGCCAUUUAGAAAGAUGCACACUCUUUUACUACUCAUACCAAUGUCAAAACGUUAUGGUCCAGGCUUGGAUUCGAGCAUUGAUUCAUGAGAAACGCAUCAAGCAUCUCACUCUUGAAAACUUUCCAUGCCCUUUUAAACCAAACGUCAAACCCAUCACACUCGAUUUGCCUCCAAGUUCAUUUUCCCAUCCGAACCUCGAAUCACUCAUUUUACGUCGAUAUAACUUUGAAACUCCACAUGCUUUCAGUAACUGCUGUAAUCUAAAGAACCUAACACUCUCUACCAUUUUUGCCGAGAUUGAAGUCUUUAACGUAGUUCUUGCGUCUUGCCCUUCUCUUGAAGUGCUUCUAGUAGAUAUCGAUUGCCACACAAAUAGUGGUCAUCUGAAAAUUGAGAACCGCAAGUUAAAGUUCUUAUAUUUAUCCUCUUAUAAUAUUGAUGGCAUUGAAGUGUCUUCACCAAUUCUGGAAAUCCUCACCAUCGGAUCUCUCUCGUGUGAGAUGGAGAACUUGGUCGUUGCAAAUCCUAGACUCCAUUUUCACAGGAAUUUUUGGAAUACAGGAAAACUGUUUCCUCACACCAGCUAUAAUAUCUCGUGCCCUGAUCAGGAGAAAAACAGCAUUGGACAGGAAUACAUAAACAUGAUGGACGGUUCCAAUGAUUUAAUGAGAGAAUUUGCAUCGCUGUCGGUGAGUGUAGACUUGACAAAUACAAAAGAAGUUGAGAUGCUACAAGAAGUCUUAGUUGCAUGGCCUGGAGAAAUGGAAGAACUUGAAAUCUUAUUCAAGAAAAGUAAUGCUCCGAUGAAACAAGGUAAAAAUUCUAUUGGGAGAAUAAAUAAGAAGUUUUGGAAAGAGACAAAACCGUUUCCUGAUGCUUGCUUUAGUGUAUGCACUGUAUGGUUGUUUAACUUUAGUGGUUCAAAAGAAGAGUACAAGUUAGCCUCGCGCUUGAUAAGGCAAGGGACGGUGAUCAGGACUAUGAAAAUCAAACCAUUGUUGUCGUAUUCCCCAAGAACCAAGUUGGAGAUAGAGGGAGCAAUCACCAAGCUUAAGGAACUUCCUGAAAGUCACAUAGAGCUUGAUAUCAUAUUGGUCUGA